AUGGCGGAAGAACGACAGUAUGGUGUAGUCCAGCGCUGGACCGAGAAAGGCUUCGGAUUCAUCUCGCGCCCUGACUUCGGCGACAGCCUCUUCUGCCACAACAGUGAGACCCCCAACCGUGCCGCUCUGGUACCCGGAUCUAAAGUCUCCUUCGUCUACGAGAGUGAUGAGAAGGGCGGAAAGGCGAAACAAGUUCUGAUCGAAGAAGCUGUAGUGGAGAAUGAUUCGGCCCGCGAGAUGGGAACGGUCAAGAGAUGGAACGCAGAGAAAGGGUUCGGUUUCAUCGGCCGUGCUAACGGCGGAGACGACGCCUUUGUGCACAAGAAGGAGUGCGGGGGCAAAGAUCUUGUUGAGGGCCAGGCUGUGUCGUUUGUAUUUGAGGAAGGCCCAAAGGGCGCUUCGGCUAAGAAUGUUCGCGAAGAGGAGGGCGGUACCGUGACAGAAGAAGUGCGUGAGAUGGGAACGAUCAAGAGAUGGAAUGCCGAGAAAGGAUUUGGUUUCAUUGGUCGUGCUAAUGGCGGGGACGAUGCCUUCGUGCACCUGAAAGAGUGCGGAGGCAAAGACUUUGUCGUAGGCCAAGCUGUCUCCUUUGCAUUCGAGGAGGGCCCGAAGGGUGCUUCAGCCAAGAACGUCCGGGAAGAGGAGGGCAGCAUGAUGAUGGAAGAGGCUGUUGAAGAGGACGAAGGCGAACGUGAGCUUGGCAAGGUCAAGUCUUACAAUGAGGAGAAAGGCUUCGCGUUCAUCGGCCGCUGCUCGGGUGGCGACGAUGUCUUUGGCCACAAGCGAGAGUUUGGCAGUGUUGAGCCAUACGUCGGGCAGCCAGUCUCAUUCAUCCUGGAAAAUACCGAGAAGGGCGACACUGCUAAGAAAAUUCGCAAGGAGGACAGCGUCCCCGAACCCAUCCUUUCUGACGAGGGUCGUGAGUUCGGUACUGUCAAGAAUUUCAACAUGGAGAAAGGGUUUGGAUUCAUCGUCAGAAAGAAGGGAGGUGAUGAUGCGCAUAUUCACGAGAAGCAGUGCAACGGAUUGACUUUGGAGAAGGACAUGUGUGUCUCUUUUGUCUGUGAAGACAGUGGAAAAGGACCCGCAGCAAAAGAUCUCCGUCAAGAGGACCCAGCACGCGUCGCACGAGUCACUGCCAAGGUGCAUUAUGGCAAGGUCGAGCGCUACUUGGACCCUCCAGACACCAAACCAGACAGCGGCUACGGUUUCAUCACCCCACUCAACACGACCAGCUAUGGAGCACCUAAGAAAUACUACUUCCAUAUGUCGGAGAUCGAGACCCCGGACGAGUACGGCGGAAUCGAGCCUGGUACCAGCGUAUCCUUCACCAUCGCUACCGCUCGAUCAGGCAAAGGUGUCCAAGCCGUAGCCGUCACCAUUGCAGAUCCUCCGAAAGAAGACAAGGAAAACGAGAACCCUAUCCAUGCAUCCUUAGGUGCCUUGAAAGUAACGGAAGCCGACGAUACGGGUGAUGCUGCUGAUGGGGAUACCUGGGGAACUGGAGGAAGCGAUGCCUGGGCUUGA